ACUUCACAAUUCCAAGGACGUUUGACAGCGGUAGCUCCGUAUCUGUAACUGUUGUGCUUAUUUAUUGGAUAAAUAUGAUCACUAAAUCUUGAGUAAUUAACAUUUGAGGGAAACUGAAUAAGGCAUUCGAUUUAGUUUACGUUAAGUCUUUGAAAUACAUUAAGACCUGGAUUAUCGCGUCAGGUAGUUAAAUUAUCCAGCUGGUUAACGGUAGCUUCACAGUACUCGCUGACAGGCAGGUGGGUUUCUGAGAGAAACCGAAGCACAUAAAAGGCACCAGCAGAGCAGUAAAUCACCAUGCAAAUAAUACCUAAAAGGCAGUUUGCGUGAAUGAGUUUUUUUCCCGAUAUCCCGUAAGGAGCCAAGUGGCAGCGUUAACGUCUCUGGCGAUGCCAUUUAUAAACAUCGUUUGUGCUACAGAAUGAGGCGAUAGAUUACUACAUGGCAGAAAGAACGAACAUAAAGCGUUUUGCAGAGUCGUAGUCGAGAUGGUAGAAUAUCAGGAGAAUUUCCAGAGUACCGAAAGUUGCUCAGAUGGACCACCAACACCUUUCCAGUCACCUCCGCCGCCUCCGUCUGCCCGGGACUCUCUUCGUCUCCAGAGAAGCAGCGUCUGCUCCCGUGCGUACUUCGUGGUAGUGAUGGUCUUCUUUCACCUCUACAUAAUAAAUAUUAUAGCCUUGCUAUUGUAUGUGCACUAUAACACUGGAUCCGGGGAAGAUUCAAAGAACGAACCCAACCACGCUGACAGAAGCUCGAGUGUAACAUUAGCCCCUCCGGCAUCCGGCGAGCUCCACUCUGCAUCUUCAGGCUCGUCAGGACCCAUAUUUCAUCUCCCACGCUUGGAGGGUAUACGGGUUGGCCACAUGCAAACAGUGUCCCUCACUCUUGACCAUACUCAUAAGUUGCGGACCCUCAGCCUGAAGCCUCUGUUAUUUGAGAUUCCAGGGUUUCUGAGCCCAGAGGAGUGUGGGGUUGUAAUGCAGCUGGCGCAGUUAAAGGGCCUAACUGCCAGUCCAAAGUCAACUCCCGUGGACAGUCAAGAGGAACAGCUGACCCAGGAUGAGCUCUUCAGUCUGCUAGAUCUCAACCAGGACGGCUUGCUACAAAGAGAGGAGAUUUUGAGUCUGUCACUCUCAAAUGAUGGAUCCCGGCUGAGCUCAUAUAACUUGCGGGAAAUUCAUAUGGGUCUUGAAAGAAGCCCUGCUGGAGUGCUGUCACUGAAGGAGUUCAGGCAGAUGAGUGGUAAUGUGUUUCAGCAUGGUGGUGCUGGGCAGGGCUUGUAUGGAGAGAACCAAAUUAGACACAUGAGCAUCCAAACACGACUGUUCCUGGGAGAAGGCACCCACCACCUUCUGAAGAGUAUCAAGAACAGGGUGACUCGUUUAACCCGACUCCCAUCUUCAAUGAUUGAUCUCAGUGAGCCGUUGGAAGUGGUUCGCUACGAGCAAGGUGGAUACAGUAAUGCCCAUCAUGACAGUGGCCCCUCCAAUCCAGAUAGCUGCUGUUUGCAUACAUAUCUGGCUGCAAACAGCUCCACCCUCAACCAAAUAGUAUGCAGAUAUGUAACUUUGUUGCUAUUUCUGAAUACGGUGGAUGGAGGCGGGGAGCGCAGCUUCCCCAUGGCUGACAACAGGACUUAUGAGGAGGAGGCCUUGGGUGACCUUUCUCAGCAGUACUGUGCCAAAGGGAAUCUGAAGAUUAAGCCUGUUGCCGGAACGGCCCUGCUGUGGUAUAACCACCUCUCAGACGGCAAUGGUUGGGUAGGAGAAUUGGACGAGUUCUCUUUGCAUGGCGAUUGCAUUGUCACUCGAGGCUCUAAGUGGGUAGGUAGCAUCUGGAUCAACAUCGACCCUGACCGACAACGUCAAGAGCGCUUCCAGCGCCUGGUCUCUGGUCAGCCCCUCAGGUCAGAGGAACAUGGGACUGAGCACAAUGACCUCCACCAGGACUUAUGAACUUCCUGCCAAUGCUUGUCUGUGCAGAUCAAAGGCUUUUACCACCAAAAUACUCAUCUUUAUCAUUGUAAUGUACACUGCAAUACUGUUCUCAGGUCAUCAGCAAUGGCCACCUCAGGCAAUAGCACCUUUUGUAGUCACACUGCUGCCUGGUAGUGCUAAUAUGUUGCAUAUCACUUAAAUUUAAAGUUUGACAGAGAAAACCACUCUUGAUACAAAAUAAACCUCAAAAUAAAUAUUUAAAUGGUAUUGAGAGCAAUUCCUUGAUUUAAAUAUUAAAUAUUGAUGUUGCAUAUUUCUUGUUAAGUAAGUUAUUGUCUAUUUAUUUGCACAUAAAGCAUUUAUCUGUUGAUGUCUUGGUUUGUUUAUGUACAUGCACUUUCUCAGUUUGAUUCAUUACAACAGAUGAGGUAUGUCUAUACUUACAUUCCAGUUAAGGUUAUGUUGCAUUUCAGGUUUUAAAUGGUAAAUAAAUGCAAAACUCAGCCUG